GUAAGACUAGGCGGGGCCGGCCGGAGGCUCCGCGGCGUGGGACUGAACACGUAGCUCGGCUCCAGGGAGCCGAGGCAGCGGCGGACUCGGGGUGCCCGGAACGCUGCAGCCCCUUGGGCGGGCUGAGUGAGUGGUGCGUGGCGCGCACGUGGGGAGCCCUGGAGCGUGCAGCCUCGCGCUCUGCCAUGGGGGGCCCGGUCCAUGUCGUAGCGGCGCUCCUGCUGCUAGCAGCGAUGGGGGGCUUCGGGGGAGCGGUCGGCUCCAUGUUACACUUCACCGAGGAUCUGCUGACCGUGUUCGGGGAGAACCGGAGCCUGUCCGUGGCUCAAGUGGGUCACCUGCUGGAUGAUCUGGGCGCUGCGUCCAAGAACCCGGUCGAGAAGCUCCAGCACUUGGAUUUGCACUAUAACCAGUGUUUGUCUGCAGAAGAGGUCUUUUCCAUUCAUGGGCUCUCCAAUGACACCAGGAUCACCAUUUCUAACUUCUCUAAGAUAUGUCCAGCCGUCUUACAACAGCUGUCCUUUCACCCUUGUGAUCACCAUCCAAAGCAGAAAUCUAGGCCAACGUCUUCAGAAAUCUGGGGAUACGGAUUUCUUUCGGUGACUAUCAUCAACCUGGCAUCUCUCCUGGGACUGGUUUUGACUCCGUUGCUAAAGAAGCCAUAUUUCCCUAAGAUUUUGACUUAUUUUGUGGGACUGGCCAUCGGGACUCUCUUUUCAAACGCAAUUUUCCAGCUUAUUCCAGAGGCAUUUGGAUUUGACCCCAAAGUUGAUCGCUACAUUGAAAAAGCAGCUGCUGUGUUUGGUGGAUUCUAUAUUCUCUUCUUUGUUGAAAGAGUACUUAAGAUGCUAUUAAAGACUUAUGGGCAGAAUGAUCAUGCUCACUUUGGAAAUGAGGACUUCUUUCCUUCCCAAGAAAAAGUGAACCCUCCAGCCCCUAAAGUGCCUGCCAUCAAUGGAGUCAAAUGUUAUGCAAACCCAGCAGUAACACAGCCUAACGGACAUCUCCAUUUUGAUAAUGUCAGUGUGGUUUCUCUCCAGGAUGGGAAAAAGGAAUCAAGUUCAUGUACCUGUUUAAAGGGGCCCAAGCUAUCAGAAAUUGGCACCAUUGCCUGGAUGAUCACCCUCAGUGAUGCCCUCCACAACUUUAUCGAUGGUCUGGCCAUUGGUGCUUCCUGUACCCUCUCUCUUCUUCAGGGACUUAGCACCUCCAUAGCAAUCCUGUGUGAAGAGUUUCCUCAUGAGUUAGGGGACUUUGUGAUCCUACUCAAUGCUGGAAUGAGUACCCGACAAGCUUUAUUUUUCAACUUUCUUUCAGCAUGCUCCUGCUAUGUUGGGUUAGCCUUUGGCAUUUUGCUGGGCAACAACUUUGCCCCAAAUAUUAUUUUUGCACUAGCCGGUGGCAUGUUCCUCUAUAUUUCUCUGGCAGACAUGUUCCCGGAGAUGAAUGAUAUGCUAAGAGAAAAAGUAACUGGAAGAAAAACAGAUUUAACCUUCUUCAUUAUUCAGAAUGCUGGUCUGCUGACAGGAUUCACAGCUAUACUUAUCAUUACCCUGUUUGCAGGAGAUAUUGAGUUGGAGUAAUCUGACUUUGAAGAUGGCAUAGUUAAUGAAGACAAUUUACCAAUAAAAAAUAUGAAAAAAUUAUUUUCGUCUGAACGGGGGCUUUCAGUUGAUCUACCAAGUUAAAAGAUGACCUUGUUUUCUUUUGCAAGUCACAGAAAACCAGUUAGUUAAUGGUACCAGGCCUGCAAAAGAGCUCAUCAACCAUAUGUUACAGAAAUAAAUCCAGAAAAAGAUUUGGAAUUAAAAAUCUUGUAAAAUAUGAAUGCUAAAAAUUGUCUUGACAUGUAAUUGGGGAAAAAAAAAUACUAUUAAAAAUAAAUCCAAAAGUUGGAUUUUCUUUUCCCAUUAAAUGCAGUUUACCAGUUCCUUGGUAAACAGUGUUGCAUGAUAUAUGUAACAGAGAAUCACCAGGCAGUUGAGCCCCAUGCAUUCCAUGACUGGCAAAUAAGUCAUGAAGAUGAAGAAAAAAUUAUUACAGGUUUUCUAGGUCUUAAUAAUGCUGGGAUGGGAGCAAAGGCUCAAGUGGUUUCAGGGCAGGUUAAUUCUCAUCAAUUUGUUGCAGGGAUUUUAUGGGCAAGCCCAUCAAAACAUGGAAGAGAAUCAAAACCAUUUUAGCACACAUAUAAAAGAUGCUGAAAUCUCAAUUAUUAAUUAAUGCAAACAAGAAAGAGACCACUUUCAGCUUUUGAUCUCCUCUCUUUUUGUGAGGCUCAAGGACAUGUAGAUUCAUUUUGAAAGCCCCUUUUAAAAACAGAAAAAAUAGCUUAUGAAAAAUCUGAACAUUCUAGACAUUCCAAAAAGUUUAACCAUGUGCACUCUGAAUUUUACAGAUACUUUAUCCCAAAGGGUCAAUUUCACUUGGCCAGAAGAUUUUAUUCUAAGGCUAGAAUUGCCUUUAUGGCAUUCACAAGUUUUAUUUUGGCUUAUAUUGUUACUGAGUGGCAGCCGAUCAGCAUUCAAGGAGAUGAAAAUGCUCGGUAUCAAUGUAUGAUGAAUAUUUGUUUUUUAGAGGGAUUGUUCAUGAAAAGAAACAGUAAAAUUUUAGACAUUUCUAAAGAAGGGCAAAUGUUGGUUCAGCGAGGUUUUAUAAAUGUAUAAAAAACAGCUGGACUGUUGUUAUAAGUAAAGGGUUAAUGGAGGGAUGUGGUCAGUUUCCUUAUGGGAGACUACCUGAUCUUUGGAAAAUUGCCUGUUUUGUCAUUAAUUGAUCUUUUUUCCUUUAUAUUUUAAGUACCUCAGUACAAAAUAACUCAGGUUAUUUUUCUACAUUGUGAUAAGGAUACAGCAGAGACCAAUCUGUCCAUUCAGUUAGGAAAUUAAUGCUACUGGUGAAUUGGCCUAAAUGAUUUUAACUGUAUUUUGUAUAUGUGUGUAGGAUAAUUCACACUCCCAUGUCACCUUAAAAAUUGUUUUAAAAUGUGAAAAUGAUUGUUCUUGAAAUCAGUGAUCUUUCCUCUCCAAUUUUGUACAGUGUUUUUAUGCAGCAAUAAAAUAGACUUAAUGAA